AUGGCACAAGGUGGUGUGGUGGAGAUUCCUCCCGAUUUCGUCCCACUCGAGCAUGUGCAAAGAGGAAUGAAGAACGCCGACUGCCGCACACCCGUUAUCCUCUUCGGGGAAGAUGGGGAUCCGUAUCUGUCUCUGUGCAAAAUUGCCAGGGAAACGGAUAGCGCUGUUUGGUACUUUGACUUCGCAACGACGCAAGACGUUGAACACACGUUGGGCUACAUCGAAAUAGGCUCCAACAACGGCGACUGGGUGCUCAUCAUGAACUGCGGGGGGGUUGGACAGCAGGCCUUCCGCGAUAUAGCGCUCAUGGUCUUCUGCCUUAAACCGGAACCAAAAAAGUAUCCAAGAAGGGAGUUCUUCAGAUUGAUCUUCUGCGUUGAAAAGGCAUUCGACAUUGAUCAAAAUGUUGAUAUCCCAUUCCCCCCUCUGAUCCUAAAGAACAGCAUAGCCGUGCGCCGUGCCGAUGGGUCGGGUAAGUGGUCCCUCCGUCUCCCGAGCGAGGCGAGGUUCCGUGAGGCUCAAGAGGCAAAGCGUCAACGGCGGCGCGCGGAGGGUCGCGAUAGCGACAGUGAGACUGACCUGGACGAAGACGAAGCCCUUUCAGGUAAGUGGUUCCACCGUUCUGUGGAGUUGAACAGAGCCAUCGAUGAGGCCCCACUGGCACUGGCGGCGCAGAAGAUGAAAGAGGCACUUCUGAACGAGGACGUGGAUACCAUCAAGCACCUCAUAGUUAGUGGCGAAUAUGACAUUGCAAGGGCGAUUGUCCCCGGAAUGACACCCCUUCAAUACGCUUGCUCCGUUGAGAAGCCCAAAGCCGCAAUAUCUUUGCUCGAGUGCGGCGCCGACCCGAACCAACCCCGUGAGAGCGACGGACGACCACCGCUCUUCAUGGCAAUUGAGGACGUCUCACUUGCACGCGCACUGAUCAAGCACGGUGCUGACCUUCACCUGAGAUUCGAAGGGUACCGUGUUGACAACCAUCCCGACACAUCACCUGAGGUUGCGCGGUUGACAAAAAAAAUGCGGCAGGAAAUGUAA